AAAAUACACAGCAAAAGCUCGGCGGCUCCUCCCCAAACAUUCCUUGAAUGGUGGACCAGACAAAGUAACAGAGAAAAGGUGGAUCAUUAAAGAAUGGAUGACCCGUCAGUCACUCACCCCACAGAGUCAACAUCUGAGCGUUGAUGAACCAGGAGCCAUCAAGCUGAACAGACUCGGUGGAUUAACCAAUCCUGUGUUGUCUGAAAAAUAACAACAGGGAAUGCUCAUUGGACAGCAGUGAUUUCUUGGAGCCCAACUGGUUUCGACUGUAACGACAUGUCUCUACUACCCAGGCGGAGGAAAAUCAGGACUUUUGCUCUGCUGUUUUGCGUCAUUACAUUUACAACAUUCCUGUUCAGUUACACUUUCCAGGACCCCUCACUCUAUUUCUUCAAGUUCUUUCUCUCCAAAGGGCUAUGUGCCUGUCAACAGUGCAUGACUGAGCAGGAGGACGAUCCCUGGUUUGCGGAGCGCUUCAAUCAGUCCGUCCACCCUCUGAUGACCAGGGAGAACUGCAUGCUCUCUGAUGAAACCUUUAAAUGGUGGCAGUGGCUGCAGUCAGAGAGGCAUCCAGCCAACUUCAGUGAAGUGUUGGAGGAGCUGUUCCAAGUAAUCCCUGAUGAGGUGCUCUACGUGGACGCCAGCCCCGAGCGCUGCAGGACCUGCGCCGUGGUGGGGAACUCUGGGAACCUGAAGGGGGCCCAGUACGGCGACCUCAUCGACUCCAGUGAUUUCAUCAUAAGAAUGAACCAGGCGCCCACCAAUGGUUUCGAGGAGGAUGUCGGCAGCAGAACGACACAUCAUGUCAUGUAUCCAGAAAGUGCCAUAGACCUGGACAACACCACCAUUCUGGUGCUGAUCCCCUUCAAGACUCUGGACCUGCAGUGGAUCAUUAGCGCCCUGACCACGGGCACCAUUAAAUAUAUGUAUACGCCGGUUACCUCCAGGAUCUGUGCUAAUCGGACCAAAGUGUUGAUUUACAGUCCAACAUUUUUCAAAUACGUCUACGAGUGUUGGCUUGAAGGUCAUGGACGGUAUCCUUCCACCGGCUUCCUCAGCUUACUGCUCGCUAUCCACAUAUGUGAUGAAGUCAGUGUGUUUGGAUUCGGUGCAGACCAGAAUGGAAACUGGCACCACUACUGGGAGCAGAACCAUUUGGCCGGAGCUUUCCGACACACGGGAGUCCAUGAUGGAGAUCACGAAUAUAAUGUCACUCUGCUGUUGGCAGACAAGCACAAAAUCCGAAUGUUUAGAGGCAGAUGAUGCCAAGCCCAUAUGUGCGGCGGGAUGAUCACCAAACGAACCUCUGCAGCCUUUCAAGGUUUAUUUUUCCUUUCGCCUCACGCUGGAAGAACAUUUUAUUUUUUUUUGGUCGUGAUUUCCAAGACAUUGUCAAAUGAACUCUUCUGGUCUGUCCACUUUCUUUAUCAUAUUUAAAGGGUAAUUUCGGUUUUUGUCAACCUGGACCCUAUUUUCCUAUGUUUUUGUGUUUAAGUGACUGAUGGAAACCCGAGUCUUUGAAAUUGGUCGGGUAUAAAGCGACAACGCUGUGAGCAGCUGCCACAGACCGGGCUGCAAUGUAAUCCUAUAGGCCAAAUGUGUAUUGUUAAUUAUGUCCACUAAAAGUGCUUUAUUUUGCCACUGAAAGGCUCAGAUUAUUAUUCUAAGUGUCUGACAACAUUAUUAAAGUCAUCUUAUUAAGAUUUA